AUGGGAGAAAUCAAGAGAGCGACGGAGUCGAAGAAAGUCUGGACCACCCUCAUCACCAACACCAAAUACCUCUCGGGCCUCCUCACCCUCGACUACACCCUCAAGAAAGUCGGCUCGAAAUAUCCUCUCGUGGCCCUCUAUACCGAUGCCUUCCCCGAGGCUGGCCACGCCGCGCUCGCCGCGCGCGGGAUCCCCGCGCAGAGGGUCGAGUACCUGCUCCCCAAAGCCUCAAAGGACUACUCCGAAGAUCCGCGCUUCUACGACUGCUGGACAAAGCUCACGCCGUUCAGUCUCGUAGAGUAUGACCGUGUGGUGCAGCUCGAUAGCGACAUGUUGGUGCGGCUGAACAUGGAUGAGCUGAUGGAUAUGGAGCUCGAUGGGCCCGAGUUGGCAGGCAAGGGGAAGAAGAUUUUCGCGGCGGGUCAUGCCUGUGUGUGCAAUCCGCUGAAGAGGGCACAUUACCCUGCAGACUGGAUCCCCGAGAAUUGCGCCUUCACCUACCAACACUCCACCCCCGACCGGGCCCAGACGGAGGGUAUCGACCCUUCCGUCGGCCCUCUGGGCUUCAUGAACGGCGGUCUCCAAGUUGUCAACCCUUGCAAGGCAGUCUACGACCAGAUCCUCGCCCACCUUAACUCGGACGCCGUCGUAGACAUGGAUUUCGCCGAUCAGUCUCUUCUCUCGCAGCUCUACGUCGGCCGCUGGGUGGCCCUCCCCUACAUCUACAACGCGCUAAAGACGCUGAGGUGGCAAGGCGUGCACAGCGAGAUCUGGAGGGAUGACAAGGUCAAGAACGUGCAUUACAUCCUGGCGCCGAAGCCGUGGGAGGAGAUGGAUGCCGAGGGGAAGAAUACGAGUUCAGAUCCGACGCAUGUGUGGUGGGUGGAUGCUAACAAUGAGAGGUUGGCGAUGGAAAAGGAGAAGGGCAUACCGAAGGAUGGUUUUUAG